AUCGGUGGAACCUUGACUUAUACAGUAUUUAUUUAGGAACGGAGUGCCUUUGUGAUUCGAGUAAAUGCUACAGGACAAGAAAGCCUGUUCGAUGGUCCAUCGAGGGUCGCAUCAGCAGAUCCAGUGAACGAGCAUGGACAUGAAAGAAGCAGGAGGCGCCGCUGGCACCGUCCGGGUCGUGUCCCGGCGAAUGGUCCGGCCAUCCAACGGCAACGCGCCGCCGCGGGAGGACAUCCACCUCACGCCCUGGGACCUCCGCUUGAUCAGCGUGGACUACAUCCAGAAGGGCCUCCUCCUUCCCGCGCCUCCCGCCGGCGGCGACCGCCUCGUCAGCACCCUCGCGUCGUCCUUGGCUCACGCCCUGGGCAGGUACUACCACUUGGCCGGCCGUCUCGCCGUCGAGGAGCGGCGCGACGGGACCGUCAGCGUCAGGCUGCGCUGCACCGGGGAAGGCGCCGAGCUCGUCCACGCGACGGCGCCCGGCGUCGCCGUCGCGGACAUCGUCCGCUCGGUGUACACCCCGUCAACGGUGGUCCGGGCCUUGUUUCCGUUGAACGGGGUGCUUGGCGCGGACGCGGCCGUCGAUUCGCUCCCCGUGCUGUCGGCGCAGUUCACCGAGCUCGCCGACGGCGUCUUCAUCGCCGUGUCGCUGAACCACUCCGUCGGCGACGGGUUCGUGUUUUGGGAGUUCGUCAACGCCUGGUCGGGGAUCAACCGGGGAGGACGAGCAACCAGCGACCUAAGCGACAUCUCCGCGCGGGUGCACCGGAGGUGGUUCAUCGAUGCCAGCCCCGUGCCGAUCCCCCUGCCGUUCAGCAAGCUGCAGCACGUCGUCCGGUGGUUCGAACCCCCGACCGUGCAAGAAUGCUUCUUCACCUUCUCCGCCGCGAGCGUCAAGGAGCUCAAGGCGAGGGCGAACGACGAGAUGGCCGGCACGGCCACCGCCACCAUCUCCUCUCUCCAGGCCCUGCUCGCGCACCUGUGGCGAGCGGUCUCCCGAGCGCGGCGCCUCCCGCCGGGGCAGGAGACGUCCUACAGCCUGGCCGUCGGAUGCCGAGGGCGCGUGAGCGGCAUACCACCGGGAUACAUGGGCAACGCGCUAGUGCCCGGCACGGCGAGCUGCACCGCCGGCGAGAUCCUGGGCAAGGGGCUGGGCUGGACGGCGUGGCAGCUGAACCGCGCGGUGGCUUCGUUCGACGAGGAGGCCGUGAGGGGGUGGCUGGAGAGCUGGACCAGGGAGCCGCAGUUCCGGUACUUUGGGAGCCUUAUGUCCGGAGGCGCGGCGCUGAUGACCGGGAGCUCGCCGCGGUUCGACGUGUUCGGGAACGACUUUGGGUGGGGAGGGCCGGCCGCCGUGCGUAGCGGCGGGGCGAGCAAGAUGGACGGGAAGGCCACGGUGUACGAGGGGCCGGAGCGGGGAGGGAGCAUGUCGCUGGAGGUGUGCAUCGCGCCGGACGCGAUGGAGAGGCUCGUCGCCGACGACGAGUUCAUGGACGCUGUCACGAUGUUGCCGGCCAAACAUGGGUGAUCAAAUUCAUCGGCCAUUUCACCGAUGCAUAAUCGAUCAUCUCCGGUCUCAUCAUUCAGCACUCUUCGCUUUAAUCAUGGCAAAUUUGCACUGAUCCGGACAGAAUCAAGUGCUCCGCAUUAAGGUUGCUGCAAGAAUAAGAGCUGCAUUAGUUUGAGCUUUCUUCUUUAUGGAUCAUAGCAACGAAAUAUACAUGCUUGUUGUCUGAGAAAAAAAUGUUGUGCUGCCCUAGACUCCUAGUUCAACUUCAGUAACGUGUUAGGACUUAGGCGUUCAUUGUGUAAAAGUGAACGGGAAGCAAAAUUUGCAAGAAUUUGUUGACCAAA